AUUUUUAGGCGUUGUGUUAACUGUUAAUCGAAACUUUUUAUUUUGCAAGUUAAGGUCAGAAAAAUAUUUUUUUUCAAGGUUAAAUAUAAAAUAAAAUAAAAAAUGUCGGCGGGGUAUUCACCCGCUGUUGCUUCUACAUCAGCCGGUGGAACCGGUGCAGCAGGAGUAGUAGCAUCAACUGGACCGCAACUAGAUGUUGCUCAGGUAAAUACAUUUCGGACUUACGUAACUAUGUUGGGCGAUGCAAGCGCAAAAGAUGAUAUAAAAUUGAAGGCAGCACAGGAGUUAAGUGAACACUUUGAAGUUAUUGUGCAAACACCAGCUUAUCCAUCAUUUUUAGAACACUCAAUGAAAAUAUUUUUAAAGAUAUUGCAAGAUGGCGAACCACAAUUUAUAUCUGAGAACUCUACGCAACAUGUCAGAAAGUUAAUUUUGGAAAUGAUUCACAGGUUACCCAUAACUGAGAACUUACGACCAUACGUUAAGCCUAUUAUUUCACUUAUGUCUAAGCUAUUACGGGUUGAUAAUGAAGAAAAUGUUUUAGUUUGCUUAAGAAUAAUAAUUGAAUUACAUAAACAGUUUCGUCCUCAAUUUAAUCCGGAGAUACAACAUUUUCUCGCUUUUGUUAAAGAUAUUUAUGCAGACUUACCUAAACAUAUGCCUCAAAUUUUCGAACCAUUACAACAAAUUAGAGUUAAAGAUUUAAAGGAAAUAGAUAUUGAACAAUUGCUAUCAGAAACCUUUACAACAAGAACUAUUCACGUUGAGAAAACGACAGAAACGGGAACUGUAACACAACCGUUUAAUCUUUUACCUAAAGGUGUUUUGUCGCUCCGAGUUUUACAAGAGCUUCCUAUUAUAGUUGUGUUACUUUAUCAACUAUAUAAGGGAUCAGUACAUCAAGAAGUAGCAGAUUUUGUACCUCUAAUAAUGAAUACUAUUACAUUGCAACCAUCGCCAAUACAGAGAAUGUCACCUCAUUUUAAUAGAGAAAUUUUUGUGGAUUUCAUGGGGGCUCAAAUAAAAACCUUAUCUUUCUUGGCCUAUAUUGUUAGAACAUUUCAGGACGCAGUGGUCAAUCAUGCACCUUCUGUAGUAAAAGGAAUGCUCAGUUUGAUGCAGUUAUGUCCUAAAGAAGCCGCCAACUUAAGAAAAGAAUUAUUGAUAGCCGCAAGGCAUAUAUUUUCAACUGAGCUGAGAUUAAAAUUUAUACCAUCUAUAGAUAGACUUUUCGAUGAAGAUUUAUUAAUUGGUAAAGGGGUAACAGUCGAUUCAAUUAGACCCUUGGCAUACUCAACUUUGGCUGAUUUAGCUCAUCAUGUUCGACAAAACCUGUCUUUAGACGUAGUGGAAAAAGCGUCGAAUUUGUUUUCUAAAAACGUACAUGAUGAAUCAUUGGCUACAAGUAUUCAAACAAUGUCAUGUAAAUUAUUACUAAAUUUGGUAGAUUGCAUUCGUAUCCAUAGCGAAAAUGAACCAGUUAAAGCGAGAGAACUUCUAUUAACACUUUUAAAAGUGUUCACAUUGAAAUUUCAAAGUAUUGCGAAAGUACAACUUCCAUUAAUAAUGCAAAAAUGGAAAACUAUGAAAGAACAAACAACCGGUGCAAAUAAUGCUAAUGCAGCUCAAUCACCUACUAUAGUUUCAGAAACAAAAAGUGAUGGCGUUAAUUUAGAGCUGCCAGCUUCAGAACAGUCUUCAAAACUUUGCAGCAUUGGGUUUCCACCACCACCCAGCCUGAAUGUCGCGGAAUAUCGUAGUUUAGUCAAAACGUUGGUUGGCGGUGUGAAAACAAUAACAUGGGGUUUUAUUAGUUCUAAGCCAGUAAUAUUUGAAAAUGCAGUUCCAUCUCAAGCAAAAUUUUUUCAACCACAUGAACUUAGAAUUUAUAUUGAUUUAGUUUAUUGGGCAUUGGAAGCUUUAGAUAUCUACACAAUCAAUAUUCCGAAUCCCGCAAUGAAUCCUAAUAUAAAAAUGCCUAAUCAAAAUCCAAGAACAAAAGAAGAAAAAGAAGUUUUGGAACAUUUUAGUGGGAUUUUUCUGAUGAUGAGCAGUCAAAAUUUUCAAGAAGUUUUUGCUACAACUAUUGAUUAUAUGGUUGAAAGAAUUUAUAAAAAUCCUGCCCUGCAAGUUGUAGCCAAUUCAUUUUUAGCUAAUCCAACAACUUCACCACUUUUUGCGACAGUUCUUGUAAAAUAUUUACUAGAGCGAAUGGAGGAAAUGGGAUCAAAUCUCGAAAGAUCUAAUUUAUAUCUAAGACUUUUUAAGUUAGUUUUUGGAAGUGUGAGUUUGUUUGCCGCUGAAAAUGAGCACAUGUUGCGACCCCACUUACAUAAUAUUGUGAAUCGUUCAAUGGAUUUAGCGAUGACUGCCAAAGAACCGUACAAUUAUUUUUUAUUAUUGCGUGCUCUAUUUAGAUCUAUUGGUGGUGGAAGUCACGAUUUGUUAUAUCAGGAGUUUUUGCCAUUAUUACCCAAUUUGCUGGAAGGAUUAAAUCGUUUACAAAGUGGUUUUCAUAAACAACACAUGAAAGAUUUGUUUGUAGAAUUAUGUUUAACUGUUCCCGUUCGAUUGUCGUCUCUGUUACCGUAUUUACCAAUGUUAAUGGAUCCUUUGGUAUCAGCUCUCAAUGGAUCUCAAACUCUGAUUAGUCAAGGCUUAAGGACAUUAGAACUUUGCGUGGAUAACUUACAACCCGACUUUUUGUACGAUCAUAUACAACCUGUAAGAGCAGAUUUAAUGCAAGCCCUUUGGAGAACUUUACGUAACCAAGACAGUGCAGCGUUGGUUGCUUUUAGAGUUCUUGGUAAAUUUGGUGGGGGUAACCGUAAAAUGAUGAUCGAACCACAAAAACUGGAGUACAAUGAUAAAGAUUCAGUUCCACCAGCUGUUGUCGCAUUUUUCCAAGAACAUAGAAAACCUAUAGAUUUUCCGGUUGAUAGAGUUAUAGAAACUGCAUUUCAGGCUUUAAAUUCCAGCACUACGGACAUAUUUUAUAGACGUCAAAGCUGGGAAGUUAUAAGAUGUUUCAUUGCAGCCUCAAUUAGUUUAGAAGAUGACAAACAUACAUUGCAGAAAUUAUUUAUGCAUCCAAGCUUUGUUGAAGGUAACAUAGUUGGUUUAGCCGCAGCUCAAUACAAAUCACAGGAAAUGCAAGCGCGUCAGACACAUCAGUCUGCCCUAACUGGAAUGCUCGUAGCUGCUGCAACUAAAGAAUUGCGGGAGUCAGUUUUUCCGGUAAUGGUUGCUGUUGUUCGACACUAUACAAUGGUGGCGAUAGCUCAACAAGCUGGACCUUUUCCUUUCAAAAUAUAUAAUACAACCAAUGGACUCGAUCCACUUGUCUUGAUAGAUGCUUUAGCUGUUUGUAUGGGACAUGAAGAAAAAGAGUUAUGUAAGCCUGGUCAACUUUGCAUAGGAUUAAUUUUAGAAACGGCAACUAAUAUCAUGGGAAAUAAGGAGCGUGCUUGUCGUUUGCCACUUAUGCAAUAUUUAGCAGAAAGGAUGUCAGCUUUAUGCUACGAAAGACCUUGGUAUGCAAAAAUGGGAGGUUGCAAGGCGUUAAAAUGCUUGUAUCAACAUAUGUCAUUACGUUGGCUCUACCAACAUUUAUUCUUGUUUCUAAAAGCCUUUAUGUUCGUAAUAAUGGAUUUAGCUGGAGAAGUGUCCAGUGGAGCUAUCGAUAUGGCAAAAAGCUAUUUAGAAAAAAUGCUCCGGAUAUGUAUGGUCCCAUUAGAUAAAGAAUGUAAAAACGAAGACCUGAUACAAAGUCAAAAUAAAGCAAUGUAUGAAGUUAUACAUGAACUUGUACGCCAAGUAACAAGCCCUAAUACGUUAGUUAGAGAACAAGCAAUGUCUUCAUUGCGAUUGAUAGCUGAAUUGCAAAAUAAGACUGUAACUGAUGUAAUGGAUCCACAUCGUGAAGUUUUAGUGGACAUAAUACCACCAAAGAAACAUUUGCUGAGACAUCAACCUGCGAGUGCUCAAAUCGGUUUAAUGGAUGGUAAUACAUUUUGUACAACAUUAGAACCAAGACUGUUUACUAUAGAUCUAAAUAAUAGUUAUCAUAAAUUAUUCUUCCAUGAAUUAAUAACUUUAAGUGAUGCUGAAGAUUCUACGUUAGCUAAAUUAGAUUGUUAUAAAAAUGUUAGCAAUCUAGUACCACUACGUAAAAGUGCAUUGCGAGCUUUGGCAGCAUGCCAUUAUAUAACGGAUGGUGCAUAUAGAGAAAAAAUUUUAACUAUAUUAUUUAAAGUAAUGGAAAAGAACAAUCCCGAAUUACAAGAAGCGGCGUUUGAAUGCAUGCAAAAAUUUAUUUCUGGUUUUAAGAUUGAUAAGGAAAUCAUUCAUAGUGGUAUGAGACCAUUACUUUUAACACUUGGUGAUUAUCGUAAUUUAACAUUAAAUGGAACAAAACGACUCUCAUAUUUAACACAACUGUUCCCGUCCAUGUUUAAUGAGAAAUUAUGUGAACAAUUAUGGCAACACAUUCAAAAGAUGUUAGAAAUAUCGAUAGCAACAACUAAAAAUCAACAGCAGCCAGCUAAUUUCUUAGCGGUUGCGAAAACCGGUGAUUAUGAACAAAAAGUAACUACAUUGAUUGGAAUAUUUCAUCAGAUACCAGCUGCAACAGCGAAAUUUAUUGAUAGUUUAUGUCAAUUAGUAUUACAAACAGAAAAAAGUUUAAUGAUUGAACCCUCAUGUCCAUAUCGUGAACCAUUAUUUAAAUUUUUAAUUCGAUAUCCAAAUGAAACAUUGAAUUUAUUUUUAAACGAUAUAAAUAUUGUAAAUGCGCAAUGGAAUCGAUUUUGCAUAUAUUUAUUAAAACAUAAAGAUGGUCUACCAUUUAGAAAUGCUAUGCAAACAAAUAAAUGUUCACGUUUAGUGCAAUUAUUAUAUGCAACAACAGCAGCAUCUGCUGGAACAACACCACCAUUAACAACGGUUCCACAACAACAGAUAACGUUUAUGACAGAACAACAAAAAUAUGAAGCACAACAUCAAGCUGUUCUAAUUGUAUUCACAUUAAUGGAAUGUGAUGAACAAUGGUUACCACAACAAAAUGAAAUUAUAAUAGCAUUAAAAAUUUUAUGGCAAAAUAAUUUAGGAAAAAAUUUUGACAAUAAUAUUGCAUGUGAUUUUUGGCAUUUAAUUGGAAAAAUAUUAUUAUUUUAUUUUUCACACAACACAAAUGAUAUCGAUUUAUUAUUUCAAUUAUUACGAGCACUGUGCAUGCAUUUUAUACCGGAUUUUCAUUUUCUUCGAGAUUUCCUUCAAAAUACGGUAGCCCAAAGCUAUACAGUUGAUUGGAAGCGAAAAGCAUUCUUUCAUUUCGUUGAACAAUUUAAUAAUCCAAACAAUCCCUUAACAGAAGAAUUAAAAGCUAAAAUAUUAACUUCAGUGCUAAUACCAUGUUUUGCAGUUAGUUUUGAUAAAGGUGAAGGUAAUAAGCUUAUUGGUGCUCCACCAGCACCAUAUCAAGAAGAUGAUAACAAUGUAGUAUCAGUAUUUAUAAGUAAAGUAUUUGAUCCAGAUAAACCGUUUGCAAAUGAUGAUGCAGUGCGUAUUGCCUUACUGCAAUUCGCAUGUUUAUUAGUUGAAAGAGCAUCACCGCAUAUUCAUGAUGGUGACGCAAAUAAUAAAAGACAAGGAAACAAACUUCGACGUUUAAUGACAUUUGCCUGGCCAUGCCUUUUAACUAAAAACUGUGUUGAUCCAACUGCUCGUUAUCAUGGACAUUUACUUUUAUCACACAUCAUUGCUCGUUUAGCAAUUCAUAAGAAAAUAGUAAUGCAAGUUUUUCACUCAUUAUUGAAAGGACAUGCAUUAGAAGCGCGUCCUGUUGUUCGUCAAGCAUUAGAAAUUUUAACACCAGCCAUGCCACUUCGAAUGGAAGACGGUAACACAAUGUUAACACAUUGGACAAAGAAAAUUAUUGUUGAAGAGGGGCAUGCAAUGCAGCAACUAUUCCAUAUAUUACAAUUAAUUGUUCGACAUUAUAAAGUUUAUUAUCCUGUAAGGCAUCAAUUAGUUCAACAUAUGAUUAAUUAUAUGCAACGUUUAGGUUUUCCACAAACUUCAAGUUUGGAAUACCGAAAAUUGUCUGUUGAACUGGCCGAGGUUAUAAUUAAAUGGGAAUUACAACGCAUUAAAGAAGACUCUAAUGAAACAAGUGUCUUUGAUGAAGAUGAUCCAGCAAAUUUAUUACUUUCUGGUGCCAGUACGGGAGGGUCAACUGAUGUCAAACUUUCUGCCUCUGGUGCUGCAGUGAAAAGACCAUACGGUGAUGAUCUAAAUGAUAAUAGAAAAAAACUUGCCGUUGGGCCAGAUGGACAACCAGUUCAACAACCUGUCAACCAACCAAAAUCGGAGGGUUCCAGUAGACCAAUUGAUAAAAUGCACUGUGAUACUGUUUUAAGUUUUUUAAUUAGGCUAGCGUGUCAAGUUAAUGAUGCCCAGCCCACGCCAGGUAUUGUAUCUCCUGGUGAAGCUUUAUCAAGAAGAUGUGUAAUGCUUUUAAAAAUGGCAAUGAAACCAGACGUAUGGCCUCAGCCAUUCGACUUGAAACUUAGUUGGAUGGAUAAAGUAUUUGCGAGCAUAGAAAAUCCACAACAAUGUAAUUUCGGAAACAUUUGUACGGCUUUAGAGCUUUUAACAUUCCUAUUAACCAUACUAAAGAAAGAGCAGAUAUUAAAUAUCAUCCGGCCAAUUCAAAAAGGAUUAUCAAUUUGUGUUCAAUCGCCUAAUACACGUGUUAUUAGAUUAAUGCACGCUCUACUUUCAAGGUUAAUGACAAUAUUCCCUCCCGAUUCAUACCACAAACAUGAAGAGCUUGAAUCUUUGUAUUCAGUAGUUAGUAAAAUGAUACAAGAUGGAUUGACAAAUUAUGAAAAAUCACCACAACCAAACCCAUCAUCGCUAUUUGGAACUUUAAUGAUAUUGAAAGCAUGCUGUAAUAAUAAUCAAAGCUAUAUUGAUAGAUUAAUGGUUCCAUUUAUGAAAUUGUUAAAUCGUUUGACUAAAGAUCAUUUAAGUGGAUCGCAACCUUGUCCCACCGCACAAUGUACUACACAAAAUGUUCAAGGUGGUACAAAUACGGAGAGUGGUGGUCCUUUAGCACUAGAGCUAUUAAUAUUGUCAUUAGAUUUAGUAAAGAAUCGAAUUGUUGUAAUGGGUGUUGACAUUAGAAAAUUAUUCAUUGGAAGUAUUUUAGUGGGUUUGAUUGAGAAAAGUGCCGAUGUUAAGAUAAUUAAAUCAAUUGUUAAAAUGAUUGAAGAUUGGAUGAAAAAUAAAAAUCCACCAAUUACAGUUACUCAAGCUCCCACUCUUCGAGAAAAGUCAAUUUUAUUAGUUAAACUAAUGCAGUAUGUUGAAAAACGGUUCUCGGAUGAUUUGGAAUUGCAAGCCCAAUUUUUAGAAUUGAUCAACUAUAUCUAUAGAGAUGAUCAAUUGAAACAAAGUGAGUUAACAGCAAAACUAGAGGCAGCAUUUUUGGCAGGUUUGAGAUGUUCACAACCGGCUAUUCGGGCUAAAUUUUUUGAAAUUUUUGAUGGAUCAAUGAGAAGGCGUCUUCACGAUCGCUUGCUUUAUAUUAUUUGUUCUCAUGCUUGGGAUUCAAUUGGACCACAUUACUGGAUUAAACAAUGUAUAGAGUUAUUAAUUCUUACUGCUAACACAACGACACAAAUACAAAACUCAAAUAGCAAUCACUUAGUACCUAGUAUUUCAUCAGUAAUAAAUUUUGCUGAUUCGGAUGAAAAAAAAAAUUUUGUUAUUUAUACAUCAUUACAAAAUGAUCCUCAAGACUUAUUUGAAUCUGUUGAAGAUAAGGAAGAUAUCUUUGACAUGGAUAUGAGCGUUGACGGAAACAUAUCACGUCGUGAAGAUAGUGAAAGACCUGUCGCAAACAGACAAGCUGUGUUGACGAAAUUAAUUAGUCGUCAAUUCGAAUUUUUAGAAGCAAAUAGAAAAAUAUGUACAGAGCAACUAUUAAUAGCGACAGCGCAAUUAUGCCACAUGGAUAGUGACUUAGCCGAGAGAAUUUGGUUAGAUAUAUUUCCCAAGCUGUGGUCAAUAUUAGACGAAGGACAACAACAAGCAAUCGUUCGAGAAAUUGUACCUUUCCUGUCGUCCGGUACACACGUAAUUCAAAGAGAUUGUCAUCCAAGUGCUAUGAAUACAUUUGUUGAAGCAUUGUCUCACUGCCAUCCACCGAUUUAUAUUCCUCCGAACUUAUUGGCAUAUUUAGGCAAAGCUCACAACCUUUGGCAUCGUAUGACUUUGACAUUAGAAGAAAUGGCACUAGAUUGGCCUGCAAAAAAAGAAAGAUAUCAGGAACAUUCAGAUAUCGAUAUUAGUGAAUAUGAUUUGGUUGAAAACAGCCAGUCGACAAUAUUUGAUCCUUUGUCUCAUAUGUAUUCAGCGUUACAUGAAGAAGAUCUAUGGGCCGGUCUAUGGUUAAAAUAUGCUCAAUAUCCUGAAACUAAUACGGCUAUUGCUUAUGAACAAAUGGGUUUCUUUGAAGAAGCGCAAGGAGCAUAUGAUUUAGCUAUGACUAAAUUCAAACAGCAACUGGCAAAUGGUCCAACUUCUUUAGAAAUGAAUAGUGAAUUAUUGCUUUGGGAAAAUCAUUACAUUAGAUGCGCUAAGGAGUUAAAUCAAUGGGAUAUCUUGCUUGACUAUGCGCAAGCUAACAAAGAUAAAAAAUCAUUUUUAAUAAUGGAGUGCGCUUGGCGGGUUCCAGAUUGGCCAUUAAUGAAACAAGCUCUAAUACGUGUUGAACAAACAAGUCCAAAGCAAGAAGGUUAUAAAGUUAAUUUAUAUAGAGGUUUUCUUGCUAUACUGAAUCAAGAAGAGCAACAGUUAGGAAAUGUAGAACGUUAUGUUGAAGUUGCUUCAGGAUUAUGUAUGCGUGAAUGGAGACGUUUACCCCAUAUUGUCUCUCAUAUUCAUUUGCAAUAUCUGCAAGCUGCUCAACAGAUUAUGGAAUUACAAGAAGCGUGUCAAAUUCACCAAGGUUUAUUACAAUCUAGAAACUCGUCACUUCAUGAUAUGAAAGCUAUCGUUAAAACUUGGCGGAAUAGAUUACCAGUUGUUGCUGAUGACUUAUCACAUUGGAGUGAUAUAUUUAAUUGGCGUCAACAUCAUUACCAAAUUAUCACCCAACAUUUGGAACAACAGACCGAGCAGGGAAAUCAUACCAUGUUAGGUGUACAUGCUUCUGCGCAAGCUAUUAUUCAUUUUGGUAAAAUGGCAAGAAAGCAUAAUUUGACAGGAGUAUGUCAGGAAUCUUUAUCUAGAAUUUACACAAUUCCUUCAGUUCCAAUUGUUGACUGCUUCCAGAAAAUUCGCCAACAAGUGAAAUGUUAUUUACAAAUGGCAUCAGUAAGUGGUCGUUCAGAACUAAACGAAGCGUUAGAUGUAAUUGAAUCAACAAAUUUAAAAUACUUCUCUAGAGAAAUGACCGCAGAAUUUUAUGCUCUUAAAGGUUUAUUGCUGGCCCAGACCGGAAGAUCCGAUGAAGCUAACAAAGCAUUUAGUGCCGCUGCCCAACUUCACGAUGGUUUAACUAAAGCUUGGGCUCUUUGGGGUGAUUAUUUGGAGCAAAUUUUUACCCGAGAACCCAAACAAAUUUCAUUAGGCGUAAAUGCUAUCACAUGUUUCUUGCAUGCUUGCCGGCAUCAAAAUGAAAGUAAAACUCGUAAAUAUCUUGCAAAAGUUUUAUGGCUUCUAUCAUAUGAUGACCAAAAGGCUUCUUUGAUGGAAGCAUUAGAAAAGUAUGCAGUAGGUGUACCACCUUUAAAUUGGUUACCUUGGAUUCCUCAAUUGCUAUGUUGUUUAGUCCAGUAUGAAAGCAGCGUUAUAUUAAACUUAUUAAGCCAGGUUGGUCGAAUGUAUCCUCAAGCUGUAUAUUUUCCAAUAAGAACCUUAUAUUUAUCUCUUAAAAUAGAACAACGGGAAAAACACAAAAGUGCUGAGGUUUAUUUGGCAAAUAAAAUGCAAAGUCAAGCAGCAACAGAGAAUCAAAGUGCCCAACAAUCUCAAAGCAGCGCAAGUGAUAAUAUUCAACCACAAGUACAACAAGGUCAAAUACCGAUCCAACAAGGUCAACAAACUGCGACAAGUCAAACACAAGGUCCACCUACCAUCGGUCCUAUAAAGGCAACUCCUCCUAUGUGGAGAUGCUCCAAGGUCAUGCAUGUACAACGCGAAAUUCAUCCAACUAUAUUGAGUUCUUUGGAAGGAAUAGUAGAUCAAAUGGUGUGGUUCCGUGAAAACUGGUAUGAAGAAGUUUUAAGACAACUGCGGCAAGGUCUUAUAAAAUGUUACAUUAUUGCAUUUGAAAACCGUGCUAGCGUCACUGAAGCUAAUAUUACGCCGCAUACUUUACAUUUUGUAAAAAAAUUAGUUUCUACAUUCGGAAUUGGAAUAGAAAAUAUUUCAAGUUCAGUUGCUUCAAAUUAUGCAUCCGCUGCAUCGGAAUCCUUAGCAAGAAGAGCCCAAGCCACAGUUCAAGAUCCAGUUUUCCAAAAAAUGAAAGGUCAAUUCACUUUAGAUUUCGAUUUUUCUACUCCUGGAGCUAUGAAAUUACAUAAUUUAAUAAACAAAUUGAAAAAAUGGAUAAAAAUUUUAGACGCAAAGACUAAGCAGUUGCCUAAAUCGUUUUUAAUAGAAGAAAAAUGUCGCUUCUUGUCAAAUUUUAGCCAAAAAACUGCGGAAGUUGAGUUGCCUGGGGAAUUACUUUUACCUGUUCCAUCACAUUAUCAUAUAAGAAUCGCAAGAUUUAUGCCUAGAGUUGAAAUAGUACAAAAACAUAAUACUGCUGCAAGACGAUUGUUUAUACGUGGUACCAAUGGCAAAAUUUAUCCUUAUCUUGUAGUCAACGAUUCAGGUUUAGGCGAUGCAAGAAGGGAAGAGCGUGUUUUGCAACUAUUAAGAAUGUUAAAUCAUUACUUAGGAAAACAAAAAGAAACAUCUAGAAGAUUUUUACAUAUAACAGUACCGAAAGUGGUACCUGUUUCGCCGCAAAUGCGUUUAGUGGAAGAUAAUCCAGCCAGCAUUUCUCUUCUAGACAUUUAUAAAAACGGGUGUAACAAAAUGACCAUAGAGCACGACACUCCUAUAGCGAAAUAUUAUGAAAGACUGGCUGAAGUUCAAGCAAGAGGUUCCCAAACUACUCAUAAUGUGCUUCGAGAUAUUUUGCGGGAGGUACAACUAAAUAUGGUACCAAAAACUUUGCUCAAAGAUUGGGCUAUUAGAAAUUUUAAAUCAGCUACAGACUAUUGGCAAUUUAGAAAAAUGUUUACACUUCAAUUAGCCCUAGCAUGUCUGUGUGAACACGCACUACAUUUAACACGUUUAAAUGCAGACAUGAUGUAUUUGCAUCAAGACUCUGGAUUAAUGAAUGUUUCAUAUUUUAAAUUUGAUGUGGACGAUUCAACAAGUGAAUUAAAUGGUUCAAGACCAGUUCCAUUCCGGUUGACCCCAAAUAUUGUUGAAUUUCUUUCAUCAAUUGGUAUAUCAGGACCAUUACAAGCAUCAAUUGUUGCAACUGCUCGCUGUUUAGUACAACCAAACUUUAAAUUACCAACGAUUUUACAAGCUAUAUUACGAGAUGAGAUAAUUGCUGUUCAUAAAAAGCGCCUCAAAGACGAAAAGCCAAUAGUUGAUGCAAAUGGAGAAAUUAUUCAAGACUCUCCGUCCGAAAUUGAUAUGGAAAAUAUAAUAAGUGUUGUAAAUAAGUCUGUUCAGGCGAUUAUGCAAAGGCUUCAGAGCAUUUCAUAUUUUGACAGUGUAGAUUCAAACAAAAUUGCAACAUUAAUACAGUUGGCAACUAAACCAGACAACUUAUGCCGCAUGGAUCCUGCCUGGCAUCCAUGGUUGUAAAAAACAAUUUUUUAAUUUGAUUUGAUUCAGUUUGUAUUUUAAUUUCACUUUUAUUAUGAAUUGUAGAAAUUCAUUUCUAAAAUAAAAAAAAAAAUAUUUUACCUAUUUUAAUUUUAGAACGUGCUUAAUUUUUAAUCUCAUAUUUGUAUUAUGUAUAUUCAGAGUUUUGAAUAUUAGUUUUUAUUUUAAUAUCUUCAACUUUGAACUUUUUAGAAAGUAAUAAAUAAAGAACAAAAAUAAAC